GUUUCCCGUCUCCGAACCGCGACCUCUACCGAGACCGACCAACCAGGUCUACUUCGCGACAACUUCCCGUCUGCCAACGAACCCCCGUCGUUCACCCAAAGACCAAGAUGAACUACAAUUACAACUACAACCCACCACCCCCCUCCUUCUCCACCCUCCUCCCGCCUCUUCACUCCUCUCUCAACCUCCUCUCUUCCUCCCUCUCCCUCCUCGACUCGUCAACCUCCGACUUCCCCCGGCUCUCCUCCGUCCUCAAAACCGUUCGGCACUACGAGCUGAUCCCCCAACCGACUUUACAAGCCGCCGAAGCUUCGCUACGCGACGAGAUCGGCCCGUUCAUCGAGCUGCUACUAGAGAGAGUGGACAAGGAACUGGAGCGAAAAGGCAGGAGGGUGGAGACGCUGAAGGCCAGGUGUGAACUCAAUGGGGGGAGACUGUCGAAUUAUAACCGGGAACAGAAAAGUGGUGCAGGGGGCAUACAGAAGAAGGGUAAGGAGGCCGGAAGCGGGGGGAAGAAGCUCAAUGGGGAGGCGGCGCUGAGAGCAAAAGUGGUUAGGCAGAGGAAGGAGGCGCUGAAGUAUAGUGUGGAGAGAUUGGAGAUGGAGGUGGCGCAGAAGGAGAGGGAGUUGAGGAUGAGGUUGGAGCAGCAGGGUGGUGGGCCGGUUCUCUGAGUAGGCAGUUAUUGAAGGAAAUGGAAUUUCGGAGGACGGUCGGCUCGAGGCGCAAGAGAACGAGGAUUACGGACUGUUGGAUGUCUGCUGCAACCGACGGGCUAGGAGACCAGCUAGGAGCAACAC